AUGGCCGUGGCUCUUCGACGUCGCCGACGUGAACACGGAGAGCCAGACGACGCGUUUGACAUGCCGGAUGACCAUUUUCGACGGCCUUUACGCCUCUCCAAGGGAUUGGUGCGGUUGUUGUGCGAGGAACUGGCGGGGGAACUAGAAGCUGAUCGAGCGACGGGACUCUCGGUGGAGCGGAAAGUGUUGUGUGCGCUGCGCUUCUUUGCUACCGGGAGCUUCCGGAAGCUUCCGGGUGCUACCGGGUGCUACCGGGAGACGAUCCGUGUGCCGCAGUCGACGGUGAGCGAGUGCGUGCGACGUGUGGCAGAGGCUGUUGUGAACGCAGGGGCCCGCAACAAGUGGGUCCAUUUUUCAAGGACAGCCGAGGAAAAGGCAGCCAUGAAGGAGGGCGGCAGCCUCAUAGCCAUUAUCGCACCCAAGUGUGAGCGCAAGGCUGUGUUCAUGUGCCGCAAGGGAUACUACGCCCUCAACUGCAUGUUCAUCUGCGACGCGGACAUGAAAAUCUUGGCCUUGGACCCUCUGCGACCGGGGUCGGACCACGACGCUUUCGUCCUGCGGACGACAUGGUUGCGCCGGCAGUUCCAAGCGGGGUGCAUCGUGAAUCCCGGGGAAUACCUCCUUGGUGACAGUGGCUACCCCUUGGAGCCGUGGCUCCUGCCCCAGUUCCUGGCCAUCCUCCAGUGCACACAGCCAAGGGGCAGUACAACACAGCACAUGCCGCCAUGCAUUCCGUAG